AACAUAAUGGAAAUGCAUGGUCCGCUCUUUUCCCCAGCUGUGCACUCCAUCGCUUAUGCAAUAUCAAAGAGUGGCGGAGCCCCACAUCACGUGCGCGUGUGCACUUCAACACAAUGCCCUCACCUAACAUGACAUUCAACCUCCGUGAUUUAUCUCCGCAAGACUACCAGUCUUUCAUCCAUCCUCACGGAAUAUCGACUCUGAACACCAACUAUCGCCAAUCUUAGUACGCACGGCCACAGCUCUGAGUAGUAAAACAUAGAGAGAUUAUAUUCCACUUCUCUCGCCGCCACUCUUUGCCCGAUACUCGAUAUGCAGGAAGAACACCCCCACCCCCUCCUCGCUCAAGUCCCCCUAACCGUCUCCCCCUUCCUCAACCUCCCCACCGCCACCCCCCUCCCCUACACCUACAAACAACUCCCCUCCACCCUCCCGCCCUCAAUCCUCUCCUCCCCACCAACCGCCGCCUCAACCAUGGAUACCAACCCAUCACAAACCCCCUCACAAAACGAACCCCACCAACCGGCAUACGUCCUCUCCUCAACAGGCCAAACCGCCGCCUCUCCAGACGCGAUACUAUCUUCCUGCCAUGCGCUGCAACAACACCUUGUGCAACUCGAAGCUGAGGCGAGAGCGACGCUGCAGAGAUGGGAGGAGAGGAGGAGAGCAGAGGAUUUGGCGGAGAAGAGGAGGGUAGCGCCUGGGUGGCUGGAUGGCGAUGUGAAGUUGCUCGUGCCCGAAAAUGUAGGAGGUGCUGGGGAGGGGGCUAGGCUGCAGGAGAGACGUACGGGGGAGGGGGAACACCACGCGCGGACGAGUGCGGAGAGGAGUGUGGGCGUGAAGGCGGUGGUGGAGAGGAGGGAUGGGGUGCCGGAUCCGAGGGAAGGGGAGGAGUUGGAUAGGGCGUUUGGUGGAUUGGAUAUAGGUC